AAUUGACUUUUCCCAAGAUUAGAAUUGUAGCAUAGGUUAGUGUUAAUUUAAAUAUCUUGCAUUUUGGAAGUUUGAAGUCAUGCAAAAUGUACUCACUACAAAAGCGAAUUUGAAAGGAGGAGGGGGGAGUCAAUGUGGAACAAUGGAAGGUUGCCUGUCUCCUUAAAAUUUUAGUUGACCGGUGGUGGAAGUGACGACAUUGCAAAGAAUACAAAUCUUCACCAAGCGCUUUCAGAAUGACUUCAUCGAGUGGCUAUUGGAUGAACCUCUUGCGUGACAACAAUAAUGACACUUCCACAAAUGAUGCAGAAUCAACUGGCGAUGUAAGUCAAGUGCCAAUUUCAAGAAAGGGUGUUAAGAAGGGGACCAAGAGGGGCAAAUAUGAGAAAUCAACGCCAACAGUUCGCCGUCGAGUCAUUGCAGCUGCCGAAAACGGAGACGACUGGAUAUCGGUGGCGGUAGCCAAUGGAGUCAACCAGUCUACAGCGUACGCGUGGGUGAAGAAGGGCACCUGGAUCCAGAAACAUCGAGACGGCAGGGUUCAACAGCGUGUCAAGAUUGAAGCUCACCACGAAGAAGCUCUCAUCCACAUGCUCGAAGAAAAUCCUCAGCUGACGUUAAAAGAAAUGACCGCCAAGUUGCUCGCAGACUUUGCUGUGAAUGUGGCGUCCCAGACCAUAGCUGAAGAUUUGAAUAGCCGCAUGCUUUUCUCGCUAAAACAAAUUCAUCUGCAACCAGAUGCUGCUAAUUCGCUAACCAACAAACUCCUUCGUCGCGAGUUCCUUGAGAAACUUAUGCAGGCUACGGGCAUUGGAAAAUUUAUAGCGUACGUGGAUAAGAGCAAUGUAAACCUUUAUAUACGACGUACUCAUGGACGAGCCAAGGUGGGAAAUAGAGCUGUGGUGAGAUUGCCUUCCAGUAAAGGUGCCAAUGUGCACAUGAUAGGGGCCCUCACACAAAUGGGUUUGAUGAACUUCACGUGUCGUCGAGGGAAUUACAAGAUGGCUCAAUGCAAUGAUUGGCUCAAGCAGCUGCUUCAGGGAAUUGUGGCACAAGGCAUUCCUUCUACGAAUAUCGUUGUGGUGAUCGACAACGCUCCAUGUCACGCGAGAGCCAACGAGGCCGUAAUGGAGUUCCAGGGUGCUACAAUCCUCCGUUUAGCCCCAUAUUCUCCGAUACUUAACCCCAUCGAGGCUGCGUGGUCUGUUAUUAAGUCGGAACUGAAGAAGAGAGAAGCGGCUACUAUUCAGCAAGUCAUUGCAGGGAAUCACAAUGGUCUCAUACAGUCCGAGUGGCGUCUUCAAUAUGUGGAGGAUCUUAUUGACGAAGCGCGCCUCAAAAUUACACCUCUCAUGUGCCUCCAGUUUGUGAACCAUGUGCAAACUUUCUACGCGGAUAUCAUAGCACUGAAAAACAUGCUCCCUGGACAAUAAGGCAGAGAUAUAUUUUAAAGAUCUCAUACAUUCUGGAUUGUUGAUUUUUAUAUACUGUUUCAUAGUUCUUGUUAUGUAAAACCUUAUUGUAAAGUUGAGGUAGUUCGAAAGCAUCUGUUACA